AUGGGGCGCGGGGGCGGCGGCGCGGAGAUGUUCUUUCCCCCACUCCUCCCCCUCCUCUUCCUUCUCCUGCUCCUCUUCCUCGUCCUGCUGCUGCUGGGCUGCUCCCGGCCGCUGGUGCUGCGGCGCAGCCGCGGCCAGGUGGGCUACCUGCCGGGCUACCUGCCGGGCUACCGGGCGACCCCCGGCCAGAGCCCCCGGCCCGGCCCCCGCCGCCUCCCUGGGGCCCUCCCACCACCCUUCCCGAACGGCUGGUACCGCCUGCUCGACUCGGCGCAGCUGCCCCGCGGCGCCGUGCGCGGGCUCGCCCUGCUCGGGGAGCAUCUCGCCGUGUUUCGCGCCCAGGAUGGCCAAGCCCACGUGCUGGACGCCCACUGCCCGCACCUCGGGGCCAACCUCGCUGCCGGCGGGCGGGUCCGGGGCGGCUGCAUCGAGUGCCCCUUCCACGGCUGGCAGUUCCGAGGAGAGGACGGGAAAUGCACCAACAUCCCCUAUGCUGCAAAAGUGCCGGAUCGCGCCAAGGUGCGGGGCUGGCCGUCCUGCGAGGUGAACGGGAUGCUGCUGGUCUGGUACCACUGCCAAGGGCUCGAUCCCACCUGGGCAGUGCCCGAGCAGCGAGAGAUCACCACCGGAGAGUGGGUGUUCCGUGGGCAGACGGAGCACCUGGUGGACACGCACAUCCAGGAGAUCCCCGAGAACGCGGCCGACGCGGCUCACUUGGCUUUUCUGCACGGCCCAGCCAUCCUGGCAGGGUCUGACCUGAGGUACACGAGGUCCAGGCUGUGGGACUUCAUGAAGCACACCUGGAAGGCAGAGUGGCAGCCCGAGCCCGAGCCCAGCGAGCACUGCUCCCGCCUGCUGCUCCAACACUCCGCCACCAUCUUCGGGAAGCGCCUCUGCCUCAUGGAUCUGACAGUCUCAGCCAGGCAGGUGGGGCCAGGGCUGGUUUACCUGACCUUUGAACACGCGUUCCUGGGCCGUGGCGUCAUCCUGCAGACGGUGACUCCCCUGGAGCCUCUCCUGCAGAGCGUCAGUCACAAAAUCUACUACCAGAAGAACAUACCAGCCAUAGUGCCCAAGUUCAUCCUGAGGGCAGAGUGUGUCCAGUUUGAGCGGGAUGUGACCAUCUGGAACAACAAGCAGUACCUGUCCAAGCCGCUCCUGGUCCGGGAGGACUCCGGGAUCCAGAGGCACCGGCGCUGGUUCUCCCAGUUCUACAGCCAGGGAAGCGCGAGGCCCCCGGCUCGGGAGGAGGGCCUGGACUGGUGAGGACCCUCCUGCCCCAUCACUGCAGGAGCUGCCUGAGGCUCUCAGGUGGGUCCUGCCCACCCUGGCUGGUGGCAGAGGAGCUGAGCUGGCACCACCAGUGUAAUAAAUACAGGCAAUGCCACAGGGAGCAGAGCCUGAGCCCUGGUGAUCCUUCUGUGUCCAGGGCACCAAAGCUCCAAGGCUGUCCUGCAGUGUGAGCUGAGGGUGAACUUCAGGUUAGAAUCAUGGAAUCACAGAAAUCCUGAGCUGGAAGUGACCCACAGGACCAUCCAGUUCAGCUCCCAACCCUGUACAGACACCCCAACAAUCCCAGCCUGUCCCUCAGAGCGUUGUCCAAACCCUCCUGGAGCUCUGGCAGCCUUGGGGCUGUGCCCACUGCCCUGGGGAGCCUGUUCAGUGCCAACCACCCUCUGGGGGAAGAACCUUUCCCUGAGAUCCAACCUGAGCCUGCCCUGACACAGCUCCAGCCAUUCCCUGGGUGCUGUCCCUGCUCACACAGAGUAGAGGCUGGAGCUGCCCCUUCUCUGCCCCUGGUGAGGAAGCUGCAAACCCUGGUGAAGUCUCUCCCAGUCUCCUCAGAUUGGCAGAGCUGCCCUUGAAGUGUCCUUGUCUCUCACUGCUGCAAUCAUUUUGAACAGUUCUGUUUCCAUGUGGCCUUUGAUUGCCCAGUGGCCUUUCCCAGCCAGUCCUGCUGAUGCUUCUGCAGCAUCCCCUUGGCUGGGACAGGCUCCAGCUCUCACAUGGGCUGCAAACCUCAUAAGAGCUGCCCUAGAUCCUCCUGUGCUGUAUUAAAGGGCUAAAUUCUGCCUGGCUGCUUUCCCUGGGGAAGCCUGUAAUCCCUCCGGGCAGAGCUGCCCUGGGCAGUUCCUCUGUGCCAAGGGACAGCAGGAGCAAAUGCCCAAAUCCAGGAGCUUUCCCAGGCUGGUGGCUCCCAUUCCCAUAUGCUGUGCACCUCCCUGUGUCUUGUGAAUUCUGCACUAUUCCAGAGCAGGACUGGGAGCAGGACCCUGCCAGGGCAGGCCCCUGUCCAUGCAGAGCCCCCUGCCCACCCUGGGAGCACCCUGGGUACCCUGUGCCAGCUGCGCCACCACCAACCACAUCAGCCCAUUGCACUUCCAAUACUUUGCUAUUAAAUGUCUU